AAUUCUGUCAGAUAUUAAAAAGAUAAUGAAGGGAAUUAAACAAGAUGUCAAUCACGAUCAAGACCAGAUGAUGACUGUUAAUUCUGCCGAAGAUGGCAUUGUUGCUGGAAUUUCGGGAGGAGGAAAUAAUCCUGGUGCUGCUACUACUUCGACUGGGGAGCCUAGGCCGCCGACGCUUCAAGUGGAGCAUCCGACUUAUAGUGAUAAUUAUGUCAUCGAUGGACAACAAAUGAUCUCAGAACAAAGAAUGCGUGAAAUUCUUGUUGAAUUGCAACAGACUUGGUUGAAGGAAUAUAAACAAAAUAGAGAGAAGCUUCUUGUUGAAUUGACUGAAAAGUUACAUCAAGAAUAUAUUUCUGAUUUGCAAAGAAAGCAGACAGAAUAUAUGGCUCAAUAUCGUGAUGAAAUGGAUGCUGAAAGGUCAAGGCAAGAAGAGCUUUUUCAACGGCGUUUGCAAGAUGAAGUUCAACGUUUAAAUGAAAAGCAUAGGCGUGAAUUACAAAUGGCUAAGAAAAAGCAAUGGUGUUGGCAGUGUGAACAAGAAGCUAUAUAUCAUUGUUGUUGGAAUACAGCCUAUUGUAGUGUUGAAUGUCAACAAACUCAUUGGCCAAUGCAUCGUCGUUAUUGUCGACGUAAGAAAACUGCCCAGACAGCAUCUACUUUAACUCAACAACAAAAUACAUCAUCAUCAAAUAAUGGAGGUAAUACAGGAACUACAUCAACAAAUACUUUAAAUACUCAACAACAAAAUGGAGAAUUGCAACAUCAACAACAACAAAGCAGUAAUGGAACGGCCAGAUAA